GCCAUUGGAUAGACCCGCAGCAGAUGCCAUCCUCUCGGUCUCAAAUUACACUGGUACAGUCCAUCCCCUCAUCGCGCUUAUAUUUAGCUGAUCACUUGUGCGCUAUAAGCGAGCAAUCCACCUUUUCCGCGCAGUUCAGGGAGAAUACAAACCUGCAUCUUUACAGAUUCCGUCAGUUUUUGAGUUCUUCAUUUCGCCCUUCAACUCCGAGGUGGAAAAAAAACGACGACGCAGCAAGAUGAAUGGGGCCGAAAGAGAAACUCUGUCGGGACUCGGCUGAUUUGUGUUUCAUGUGAAGCGCGUGUGCUGACCUGUUAACGCUCUACACUUGUUGAGAAUAACAAAAGAUCAAACGCUUAUCAGCACAACACUACUGUCCUGCGGGCCGUGAAGGGACAACGAAGGGGCAUUAGAAAUGUCGUCCCGCCAGAGAGCCUCGAGCCGCAGAAGAAACCCUAUCAUUGUGUUAGCCUGCUGCCUGUUGGUUAUCCUGAUCGUCGUCAUCGCUUUAAUUCUGAUUUUUAUUCAUAAGGAACGCACAAGCGCAAAGGGCACGACUAAAAACCUGGAUGUCAUUAUGGUCAACAGAUGCCGUGAAUAUGUUAAGAAGCACGAGAGUCCGGGUUCUUAUGACUGUGAGGAAAUUAAAAAAAGAUUUCUUAACUCAGUAAUUGGAAAGGAUCCUUGCAAUAUUACAAUGAAUGAUUAUGAUUUAUUUAUUGAAGCAGCACGACAGAACAUAUCAUGUAAUAAGUUUCUUUUUUGGAGCAAGACAAAGGAAUUUACCCAUUAUGUCUCCAAUAAUUCUAAGCCCAUUAAUGGUUCAAAAUGUUUUAUGACUUUGGAAGAUUCUCUUGUUGGUUACAUGAUGGAUGGACUGAAAUGGUGUAGCAGAGUAGGUAUGAAAGGAAUGGAUUAUACUUCUUGCCCUGGCUGGACAGACUGUGAAUUGAAUUCCGUAAAGUCCUUUUGGAAAAGAGCUUCAUCAUAUUUUGCCAGCAUUGCCUGUGGUAAUGUUUCUGUGAUGUUAAACGGUUCCAUUAGCAACCCAUUCAGUAAUAACAGUUUGUUUGCAAGUGUUGAAACCCGGAAACUAAACUCAAAGAAUGUUGAUGAAGUUAAUAUUUUGCUUGUUGACAGUCCACCACACAGGAACAUGUGUGAAAGCAGUUCUAUACAUGAAUUAAGAAGUGUUUUGUCAGGAUCCAAAAUAACAUCGAAGUGUAUAGCUCUAAAAAGCACAGAGGUGAAGCAGUGCAUCAGCAGCGCACAGUCCUGUAACUGUUUUUAAUUUCUGGAAAUGAAACCAAGGCACUGAAGUUACCAUGGGACCUUUGUAAUCGUGUUCAUUUUUACUGAGUCAAAUAUGUUGAAAGAAUCUUGUAUUUGAUAUUUUAUAAUGUGUUCAGACUUGUAUAGAAAUGUGAACUUUUUGUAGCAUCUAACAUUUUGCAAAAUUAAAAUUGCAAAAAAAAAGAAAUGACGGUAAAAUUUUUGUCCUUGUUUACACUGUUUGUAGAAUUUAUUUUUGAGGGUUUUUUAUUAUUAAAAUGGACUAAUGUAAAUUUCAAUUAAAUGCACAUUUUCUUAUAGAAGCAAUUGUUUAAGUCUAUUUCUUCAUAUAUAGGAUUCCAAAACUUCACAUGUACAUUGAUCUAAGCUAUAAGAUUUGCAUUACAAGGGAAAUUGGCUAUGUAAGUAACACAUAUCAGUAACUAUACAUUCUUGCUCCUCCUCAAAGAAUGAGAAUAAUAAUAAAAAAGUAGUUUUCUUUACUUUUAAGCACUUUACAUUUCUAAAUCAAAACAGAAAUCCCAAUUCCUAAUUUUAUAAUUCUUUUUAUCCUGUUUAUUAAAUCAAUGCUGAUUUUUAAUACUGUGAAGCAGAAUAAUAAAUGUGAACAUAGCUGCUGUAACAUAGCACCUUAUGUCCAAGAACGGUUUGUUUACAAUAACAAAAGAAUGUAAAGAUCCGAUGUAUUUUAAUAAAAAGUUUAUUUAGUAAAUACA